AUGCAUACUGUGCGGAAAGAACUUCAAUCAAAAACCAUCCUGAAAAGCCACAUACGGAUUCACACCGGAGAGAAACCUCACGCGUGUCCUCAGUGCGGAAAAUGCUUUUCGUAUAAACAGCACCUCGUCGACCACGUGAGAGUUCACACCGGAGAGAAGCCGUUCGCCUGCAAACUGUGCGGAAAGAGCUUCAUUCAGAAACAGAACCUGAAAUACCACAUGUUAGACCACAGCGGAGAGAAACCGUACACGUGCUCUCAGUGCGGAAGGAGUUUUAAACACAAACACCUCGACGACCACAUGAGGAUCCACACCGGAGAGAGACCUUCACCUGCCAGCAGUGUGAACUUCAUUCGGAAGCAGAACCUCAAGUACCACAUGAUAAGUCACAGCGGAGAGAAGCCUCACGCGUGUCCUCAGUGUGGAAAGAGUUUCAAACACAAGCAGCACCUCGACGCCCACACGAGGACCCACACGGAGAGAGACCCUUCACCUGCCAGCAAACAAACUCCUGCGAAGAGGCCGAGGUCCACGGGGCGCCAUAUAAAGAUGGCUUUGGUGAAAGAGGAGAGUGAAGAGCGUAAAGAUCGAAGAAACACUGAGAGUCAAGCACCCGAUGGUGCUGAAAGAGGAGAGCCAAGAACGAAACGAGUAUCGCCGCGAUUUCAAAACGGAAGAGAAUCGAUCGGUUGCCGCCGAGUCGAAAAGACCCCCUUGGCAAAAACGGCGCAAGCCGCAGGCGUUGAUUCUCGGCCGAGCGCUCGUCCCGGAGAGGCCCCUUUCACCUGCCAGCAGUGCGGAGAAAUCUUACCCCACAAAAGAAGCUUUAAAGUCCACGUGAAAAUCCACGCCGAAAAGCCGCCGUUGCUGUGCCCUCAGUGCGGGAAGAGUUUCACGCGGAAAUACAACCUCAACUCCCACAUGAGGACGCACACCGGCGAGAGGCCCUACCCCUGUGCGCAGUGCGGGAAGAGCUUUUCGCAGACGAGCCAGCUCAACGUCCACAUGAGGAUCCACACGGGAGAGAAGCCUUUCAGCUGCGAGCUCUGCGGCAAGAGCUUCAGGCAAAGCGCAGAGCUCAAAGCCCACGCCACGGCGCACACCGAGAGAAGCCUUCUGCGCGUGCCACCAGUGCGGCAAGAGCUACACGCAGAACAGCCAGCUCACCAUCCACACGAGGAUCCACACGGGAGAGAAGCCCUUCUCCUGCGCCGUGUGCGACAAGAGCUUCACGGUCAAGCGGCGCCUCAAGGCCCACAUGAAGAGCCACGCCGAGAAGAACCCCUUCACGUGCUCCCGCUGCGGAAAGAGCUUCACGCCAGAAGCGCACCCUCGCCCACCACGGUGAUCCACACGGAGAAGCCGUUCAGCUGCCCGCUGCUGCGAAGAGCUUCCGGCUGA